UUAGGCUGGGUUUCUGUACAGCACUUUGAGAAUAUCAGCUGAUGUACGAAGGGCUAUAUAAAAAUAAAUUUGAUUUGAUUUGAAAUUUGACUGCAAUCCUGGGUGAGUAGCGCGCCCGCGCACGUGCGCAGUUUGGAGGGAACAUUGCAUGUGACACUCAUUGACUGCAAUGUACCGAGAAAGGUAACAUAUUAUUUUAUUAUAGUGGUUAAAAUUGACUUUCAUGUCUGGUACUUAAGGAAGAAUGCACGGAAACAGGAAGUAGAGUAGAGUAGUCAUGCACGCAGACAGCAGCUAAAAACAACGUCACGUUUCAGCCUCGGAAAAUAUUUGUUUUUCAACAACAAACGUUUUCAAUAUAUUAUCUAAAGAAAAGUCACGCCUUGGGAGUUUUAUUGAAGACUCCGUUAUUAGCGAUCUGUCGAGUUUUGCAUGGGAACGCAAUUCCAGGGCAGAAUAACUGUGUUCACUGACACUCACUUGUCCAGGAAACUCAGGGACAUCCACAAUAAUUACUCGACUGCCCAACUAUGAACCCUACUCAGUCAGCCCUGAGGACUAAACUGGAGAAGCUGGAGUGUCACUUCACCUGGGGGCUGGAGGUCAGCAGGUACAAGCUGCUCAGUAUCAGAGAUCACCUGGAGGACAUUGGCAGUGACGAGAGCUAUCCAUGGCUGGGUCAGAAGUACAACUUGUGGGCUUAUGUACACCACACCCUGGGCUCCACUGACAUGGCCCUGCAGUGCCUCAGUAAUAAGGCAGAGGAGGCCUUUCACCAAAACAGUCCUUUAGACACGGGUCCUUGGCUGCUGGUCCACUAUGGAAACCUUGCCUGGGUUCACUAUCACCUGGAUAACCAGGCAGAGAGCCAGGGGUAUGUGACAAAGGUCGAGGCACUGAUACGGGAUUACCCCUCACCGUCCCAGGGAGAACUGCACGAGGUAUGUGCUGAAAAAGCCUGGACCCUCAUGAAGUUUGGCCAGGACAAAAGACAGAAAGCGAUAGAGUACUUCGAAAUGGCUAUUAGGAUGGAGCCUGGGAGAAAGGAGUGGCAAUCGAGCCACGUCUUGGCCCUAGACUCAGUUAUCUUUUCUAAAAGGCAGGCGUCUGAGUUUCUAGAGAAGUUGAGACUUGCCAAGGAACAUGAUCCAGACAACUUGUAUGUAGCAAGUGUUUACCUGUUAAGACUUGGCAGGAGUGGCCAGGUGAGAAGAGAGGAAGCACAAUGGCUAGCGAAGCAAAUUUUAAAGAAACCUGUCAGCUGCUAUAAUGGUAUUAGACCCUUACUUUGCUUUUACAGGCAAUAUUUUUCACAUGAUGAUGCUAUUGACCUUGCACACAAGGCUCUGGAAAGACAUCCAAAUGUGCGUUACCUGAAAAAGCGGCUUGCAAAGUCCUACAAACAGAAAAUCAAUUCAGGAGGUAGAUGGUCUAAGGGUGACAGUUUGAGCCAGAGCUUGAUCAACAAAGCCAUCAGUGUCUAUAUGGAAGUGGUCUUACUAUACCCAGAGACGUCAAUUAAGGUCAAACUGGAACUUGCAAGCAUCUACGCAAAAUCAAGAAUUGACAAGAGGGAAUUAGCCAAUCAGAUCUAUGAGGAAUUACUCGCCAGCGUACAGGAGCCAUCCAAGUUACAGUUUCUCUACAACCAAUACGCUACAUACCUGUAUUCCUCCAUUAAGGAUUACAAUGGAUCAAUUGAUUAUCACAAGAAGGCAGCAGAAAUACCAAAUUCUAACAAAUAUGGUAGGAAAAGUAUAAACAUUUUGAGGAAGAUCAGAGAUAGAGGAAGAAUUUAAGAUGUGCAGAAAUCCAGGAAUUUCUUGCAAACUAAUGGGAAAAUUUUGUGUGUCCACAUAACGGAGCAUGUGACUAAUCUUGUGAAACGUCCAAUUAUCAACUCCUGUUCUUGGGAGUGUAAUCCUGUGUCCUUGUAUAGAUAAAAACGGAACAGAGUCCCGCCCAAGAACAAUAAAUGUGAUAUCACUCAAAGCUUUGGACUUGACUGUACACUGCACUUUAACUGUUAUUCUCUCUGAGCUCAGAAAUAAAAUCUUGGUUCGA